AUGAUCAGUUCUCUCCCAAACAAUCAUGCCGAUCAACGCCGAGACCGUCAACCUCGCCGCUACCUACAUGAUCCUCGUGAUCCUUCUCUUCUUCUUGUGGCUUCUUUAUUCCGCGGUCUUCUAGAACUAGUCCAGUUUUCUGGAACCUCUUGUCCAGUGAGUGUGUGUCAAGAUGCCGAACCACGAGACUACGAGCCUGAUCGCCACCUAUCUCAUCCUGGUGCUUCUUUUAGCGAGUCUCUGGCUACUUUACUCCGGAAUGUUCUGAGAUGUGGUCAGCAACAAGCCAACCAA